AUGACUAUUAAAACUUGUGUUGAAGAUGAAACUGGUGGAAACACUGAAACAAAAAAAUCACGUUUAGAUGAUACAAAGGAGAUAACAAAGGAAAAGAAAAAAUAUGUCUUAGAAUGGACCUUUCAUGAGGAGAGUAGUAAACCAAUAAAAUCUGAAUGGAAAAUCGCAGAUGUCAGUAUUAGUGAUGCAUUUUUUAAAUACAAGUCUUUUGCUGAGGAAAAGGCAAAUAAUAAUGAAUUAAAUUUUGUGGACCAUCCUG